AUGGCCGCCUCUCCGCCCUUCUACGCCGUCGUCGUCGGCGUCGGCUCCGGCACCGGCGCCUCCGUCGCGCGACUCUUCGCCCGCCGCGGCUACCCCGUCGCGCUGCUCGCCCGCAAGGACGCCAACCUGACCCCCGUCGUCGACGCCGUCACCGCCGCCGGCGGCACCGCCCUCGGCAUCCCCACCGACGUCUCCGACCCGGCCUCGCUCGACGCCGCCUUUGCCGCCGUCGCCGCCACCUGGCCCGGCGCCCGGCUCGCCGCCGCCGUCUACAACGCCGAGGCCGGCUUCGCCUACAAGCCCUUCCUGGAGCUGACCCCCGAGGACCUCGACCGGGCCCUGGCCACCGGCGCCAAAGGGCUGUUUCACUUUGCGCAGAGGACGAUCCCACAGCUCCUCGACGCCGUCCCGUCGGAAGAGGGCAAGGAGCAGCAGCACCCGCCGACACUCAUCGUCACGGGGGCCACGGCGGCGCUGCGCGGUAGUGCGCGGUUCGCGACGUUUGCGGCGGGCAAGUUUGCGCAGCGCGCGCUGGCGCAGUCGCUGGCGCGCGAGUUUGGCCCGCGCGGCGUGCACGUCGCCUAUGCCAUCAUCGACGGCGUCAUCGACACGCCCUGGGGCAAGGACCGCGUAGCCAACGACGGCAAGGCGGACGGCAAGAUCAGCCCGGACGCGAUUGCAGAGAGCUACUGGCAUCUACACACACAGCCCAGAUCAGCAUUCACGCACGAACUUGAUCUGCGCCCAUUCGUAGAAAAGUUUUGA